CGUCUUUUACUUUAAUAAUUUCUUUCAGUUUAAGAAACGGCGGAAAGGCUCUUGUUGAAAUUUAUUUGUGGAAACAAAUUUCCCAGUUCUUUUAUUAUUGAAAGAUAUUUUUUUAUAAUAAAAGAAAAAAGGCACUGGGACCCAGGUUAGGUAAUAAAGUCAGGACCUAGAAUCUUUCUCAAAAUGCUUUGUGAAUUGGAUUUCAUCAGUCAAUCUUUCUUUGUGACAUGGAUUCUGGUCAGUUUACUCGCACUAUCGCUCGUCACGGUUAUGUCUGGAGUAAUGUUCUAUUUGUACUAUUGGCCGACAAAUGUAACAUACGAAAAAUGGCAAUACAAAUCCAAUCCGAAAUUCCCAAGUCCUAAAAAGGUACGUGACGAAAUUAUCACAAUGUGCAAGGGUAUCAUCUGCGCAGCAUUUUGUCCCACCCUUGCAUUAGUUUUAAUUCGAAAAGGUUACGGAAGAGCAUUUUGCGGAUGGAACGACUAUUCCUUUGCCUAUCACGCCAUGACAUUUUUUAUCAUUUUAAUCAUAUCGGAUUUCUACGAAUUUCUCUACCAUCGCAUGGGACAUGUUGAUUUUCGGUUUUGGAAGCAACACAAGCAUCAUCAUCAGUUUUACAAUCCAUCUCCCUUCUCCGUCGUUGCUGACGAAUGGUUUGAUCAGUUUAUGCGAUCUCUCCCUCUCCUCGUCAUCCCUUUACUAGCACCAAUCAAUAUGGACAUGCUAUUCUUCCAAUACGGCCUCUUCUUUUACGUUUAUGGUGUGUACCUGCAUAUGGGGUACGAAUGGGAGUUGCUGAGCGCGCAUAACAAAUACAUCAACACAUCCUUUCAGCACUACUGCCAUCAUGCAAAGAGUUUAAUGAAUUCACCAUACCAUUGCGGCUUCUUCAUCAAGCUUUGGGAUCAACUCUUCGAUUGCUGCUAUCCUGAAGAAAAGUGUUUCUGUGCUGAGUGUGCACGAAAAAAAGGCGAACGCACGGAGGAGAAAUACAAAGAAAUUCAAGUGCCAGAUUAUGCGCAGUUGUUAAAGCCUGCUAUUUGGUUGGAAUACUUCACCGCAGGUAAAGCACUUUAAACAAGCAAACAAAAACAGACAAGAAUACAUAGGAUUAUUUUUUAGUGAAUAUAAUUUAGCUGUUUAAAUAUCUUCUGUUAAAAUAUCCCUGGUAAAACAAAUCGACAUUUUGCAAUCCAGAUUUCUUGCUGCUCUGAUUAAAUCCGAUUUGCUGUUGACGGAGUUAAAUAAAUUUUUUCGUGUCGUAGUAGUCAGUUAUGUACUUUAAAACGAAUUAAAAACUAAACUGUUUUUACGUAGUAAAUACUUUAUUAGAAAAAAAAUAAAAAUAAACAGUCACUCUA